AUGAAGGCCAAGUGCAGCAACAGACCAUCCAUAGGUAGCGCGGAGGAAAGUAAAAAUGAAGAAAUGGACAGGGAGUAUUACAAUUGUAUAAAAAAUUGCGCCAAUGAUUUGCAGAAUUUGUCUUUAAAUUUUUUCCCCUCCAUAAAUACGUACACUUGCAUCCCCAAAAUAAAUGCUAUCAAUUCGAUAACGUUUCACCCGUGCAUUUCGAGCCAAGAUUAUUUUAACAACACGUACUCCUUCAAGCCCUUGUUCACGCACCACUUCUUUAGUGACAGCGAGCAGGUCAUCGGGUUCGAUAGUCUCAAAAUUGAUUUCUAUUACACAUGUGAUAGCUACGAAGUGUUUAUGAAAAUAAGCGGAUCCAUAUGUGAUCAAUAUGAAAAUUCAAACUACAUCAUGUUGAUGUUGUUGCAGAGCUUGUACAUUACGACCCCGUACCCAGGUGGGUUCAUCGAAACGGAGGAGGAGUUUCUAAAAAUUCUUCGAAGAAAUGAACAGGGUAGAGGGGAGGUGAAAAAUGAACAAGGUACAGGUGAGGGCAAACAAAGUGAUGAACUACUAACUCAGGACAAAAUUUACAAACCACCCGGGUUUAUCAUUUAUGAAAAAAAACUCAGUGAUGAUAUUUAUUUGCAAAUAAGGAAAUGUGGAUUCUCUUCAGAUUAUUUUAAAUUAAAAAACGCCAACGACAUGGAUGAGGAGGAGGACCAGCAGGACGACGAUGAUGAAGACGAUGAAGACGAUGAUGAUUUUGAGGAGGACGAUCAUGAAGAGGGGGAGGGACAAGAUGGGGGAGGGGUCUAUCACAACGGAUUUGCAAAUAUUAUUCAAAAUGGAAAUACCAACUUUGUGAAAAAUGAAAUAACCCCCUCUAAGGGUCAACCCUGUACCCCUUCCAAAAGUGACAAAAAUGGUAAACACAAAAAGGGGAGCCAAGUUAAGGACACGAAGAGUGAGAAUAAGGCGAGUACCAAAGGAGGAGAAAUUAACAACACGCCCGUAAAUCAACAUGAUAAGGACCAUGUGAAGAAGGGAGGAUUUCUAAAUGAGUCAUGUGAAGCAGACAGGAAUGGUGUCGACAGGAAUGGUGACGACAGGAAUGAAGGUGCUACGCCAAAACACAAUAUUAAUGAUUCUAAUUGUGAGAGUAGCACCAUGUCCAUCGAAUUCAACAAGGACAAUAUAAAAAAGGGAAAGGAGGAUCAUCCCCCCAAAAGUGAAAGUGACGACGCCGCUUGUGAUAAUGAUAACUCCCUUGUUGAAUCGAAGAAGGCAAAGAAGAACCUCACGAAAUAUGUUACAGAGAGGGACAUGUCUAAGCUUUACCGCCACUACUUGCGCGUCGUCAGGGCCAAGAGGAGAAGCAGCAGUGUCAUCGCCAAGGGUGACAUGUUGAAGGAGAAAUGUUCCGGUAGGAAAGAGUUGGAGAAGCAAAACGGUUCUGUAGGGUCUGCACCGGGAAGCGUUGCUGUGUCAGCUUCUGUACAUGCUUCUGUACAUGCUGCUGGGUCGUGGCGGCAGGAGGGGGGCUCCCCGAGCAAACCAGGUGCAGCCGCCGACGUGGAUCCGGUGAACGAGUCGGCAGCGGCUGUCCACUCCACUUCUCCAAGGAAGGGAAGUUUAGUGAAGAAAGAAAUUUCGCCCAAGCAGCGAACGACGCCAAGUAAGGGUGCUUCUGCAAAGAAGUCGGUGGAGUCUCCGCUACCGCCUCGGAUGGACCAGAACCCACCUCAUGAGGCAGAAACGAACAGACGGAAGAAAAAAAAACCUGCUGAACAAGUCCUUGGGGAAAAGUACGAUUACACAGUGAAGAAAAACUUUGAGUUACUCCAUAGAAAAGUGGAGUGGUUCUACCACUGGUUCAUCGAAAGCGCCUCUAACAUUGAAUAUGAUUAUCGGUGGAGCGUCAUCCUGCCUUACAUAGUGUUUAAGCAUGAUGAGCAGGAGAACAAAUUUGCGCAAAAUAAGUUCAUUGAAAAUUUAAACGUUGAGCUACUGAAGAACCGAACCUCUAAUGUUAACAUACGUCCUAGUAUAAAGUUGGAGUCGUUGUCUGUUCCAUGUGUUGCAGUGAAGAAGGAGGAAGAGUCGUCUCUGCCCAAUGGGCAGGAUGUAGAGAUUGGGAUGAAGAAGAACCUCAAGCGAGGAGCAUCAGAUGAAGCAAGCGCAAGGAAGGAACAGGGUGAAGUUGUUAAGAAAAGGAAGAAAGGGGAUGGGGCAGAAGCCGAGCAGCACGAAGUAAUGGUGAAGAAGGAAAGCGAGGAGAACAAAAUGAAAGGGGGAAAAAAAAACGUAAAGGAUAACAUUAAGGAAGAAGGAGAUAAAAUUCAACCGAAUUGCAAAGAUGAACAAAUGGAAUCCAUGUUUGACCCAAGCGAGUAUAUCCUCACCAGCGAGAUUGUCAUUAAAGCGAUUGAAAACACACUGAAGGAUGUUCGAAGUAAGGAAGAAGAGGAGUAUUACGCAUUCCACAAGAAUUACGAGGUCGUUUAUUUGUACUCCGAUUUGGAGAAGAGCGGGGGGGAAGCGACCAAAGGGGUAGUAGAAAAUGUGCAAGCAGUGACUGAUGUAAAGGGAGAAAAGAAGACAAAAGGGAGAAAGGAAAUACCCCUGAAGGAGGGAGAAAUUGUGAAAGGCGUUACAAAUGAGCCAGACAGACAAAAUAAAAAAAAAACAAGUAAAAAUGAGAAUGCAAGUGCGAAUGAAAAUAUGAAUAAAAAUGCGAAUGAAAAACAGAGCCUAUACUAUUUUUACCUGUUCGGUUUGGCCACCACCUACACCUUUUUCACAUUCCAAUUUGACCGAAACAGAAUUUCUCAGUUUUUAAUUUUUCCGCCCAUGCAAAGCAAAGGAUUAGGGAUGAAGGUGCUGGAAAAAAUUUACCACUUGUCAAUUGUGAAUUCAAAUGUUAAAGAAAUUACCGUGGAGGAUCCAGCCGUUUCAUUCACCCAGUUAAGGGAUAUCAUCACCAUUAAGAUGUGUAUCGAUUUGAGGAUUCUCAACCCCACCAUCCUGUACCCAAGUGAUUAUUUAAAAGAAAAAAAUAUUGAAAAGGAGUAUGUUGAAUUGGAUAAAAAAAAAUUUAUGAAGGUAUGCAAAGAGACACAUAAACAGAUUACUCGUAUGGUUGAAACGUUGAUGUUAGCCGGUGUGUUGCCCCACCCUGCCCCGUGCUACACUGAUGUUGGAGAAGAUAAAAGCUCGAGCGUUAGGAAAAAGGAAAAGAAAAAUGAAAGCCCCGUGGCCCUCAAUUCGAUGGAGCAUUUCGAGUCCUCCGAUCUGUGCAAAGAUGUGCGAAUCAAGAUUAAGAAAAGAAUUAAAAAUGACUACAUUGGAAAUUUAAUUAAUAAAAAUAUGAACUGCAUGGCCAGCGACGUCUUCCAGGACUACGUGAAGGAGGAGCUUUACAAGCUUUGGAGAAAGCAGUGCAGGGUCUACUACAGGUGA